AGCUGCGGGACGCGCCAUGCUGCCCGCUGCCCUCCGCCGAUGGCUCCGCCGACCCAAGCGCUCCGACCCACGCCUGCUCUCCCAGUUCUUCUUUGCCGACGAGAGGGUGACACGGGUGGUGGCCGAGAUCAACGGGCUGGGUGCCGAACUGGACCCGCAGCAGUACCUGGUGCUCCUCAACCAGCUCCACCUCAGCCAGGCUCACCUGCUGGCCGUCCUGGAGCGGAUCAUGGAGGAGUGCAUCCCCACGCAGCGGCACAGCCGUGACUACCUGGUCAAGUUCCCCGAGGAGCUCUUGGUGGACAAUUUGGGGAACCACAUGCUGUUUGCUGCCGAGUGUCUCCUGGCUGGGACCUUCCUGGAGAUGGAGGAGUCAGAUGGGGCACAGCUGCGGCCCCAGGCCAGGAAUCUGCUGUGCAGCCUGGAGCUGGUCCGGACAGUGCUGCGGGAGCAAAGCCUGAGCCAACCCAACUCCUACCCAGAGCCUGUCCGCACUGUGCUCAUCCAAUUCGACCGGCUAUUUGCAGAGUUUGAGCUGAGCUACGUGUCCUCGCUGGUGGCAGUGAAGUCUCCUGAUGAGAUCUACAGGCAGCAGGAGAUCAUCGUGCUCUUCUGUGAGACAGUGGAGAGAGCCCUGCACCUGGGCUACCUGACCCAGGAGAUGAUUGAUGGCUAUGAACCACUGCUGAUGUUCACCAUCCCUCGCCUGGCCAUUAUCAGUGGUCUCCUCAUCUACCCCGAGGGUCCCCUCAGCCUGGAGCGGAGCCCUGAGGAGAUGUCCAGGGUCUUCAGCCCCUUCUACAACCUCCUGAAGAAGAUCAGGGACCUGUUGCGGGUGCUGUCAGCAGAGGAGCUCUGCCUGCUGGAGAGGAGCCUGUGCACAGCCGAACAGGAGGAUCCCUGCAGUCCAGAUGACUCCCCAGCUUGGGGGGCAGCUGUGCCCAGUGUGGACCCCCCUGCUCCCUUCAGUCUUCUGGAGGUUCCUAAUGCCACCCGACCACCACCCACCUGCAGGAUGCCACUGGGACCCCCCAGUGCAGUGGAUGACCUGGGCACCAAUUGGCAGCCGGGUUGUGCCGUGGGCAGGGAACAGGGCCAGGAUAGAAAAUCCCUGUCCACUGGGACAGGGAUAACUCAUACCAUCCCUGUAAUGGUCACCUCCCCCCUGCGCAGCCCCCAGCCCCUUGGGAGCGGCCCAGGGAUGGGGGUUGAUGCCACCCCAGGUGCCCGCUGCUCGGAGCUGCGCUCCCGCUACAGCAGCACCAAGGACAUGCUGCACACCCUCUUUGUCUGCAUCUCGGGGGUGGCUGAUCAGCUCCAGACCAACUUUGCCAGUGACAUGCGAAGCAUCUUGAAAACGGUCUUCAAGAUUGUGUGCUCGCAGGCGGAGCCCUCAGAGGAGCAGAGUGACAGCAAAGAGAAAGAUGGUGACUCCUGUGUGACAGAUGCUCCUCAUGUGGCUGACUGCCCACUGUGCUCCAGCCCCGCAGAGGCUGCCAGGCUCGGGAGGGCAGGUGCCCACCAGCUGCCCGAGUGGGUGCCAGACAGCACGUGCAGCCAGUGCUCUGCCUGCCGCUCGCCCUUCACCCUGCUGCGCCGCCGGCACCACUGCCGCAGCUGUGGGAAGAUCUUCUGUGCCCGCUGCUCACCGAAUACCGCAGUGCUGCCGCGCUAUGGCCAGAACAAACCCGUACGUGUCUGCACCCACUGCUACACCACACACCUCCCACCCGCAUCCCGCUGUGCCCGGAGCCAGUGA